UCCGUGUGUCAGGUCCUCAGCCUCCGGUGUCAUUGGUGAAUGACCGAAGAUGUCUCACAGCAGGUUGUUUGCCAGGCUGCUUUUGCAGCAGACUGGAGUCAGACACUGUUAUACAGGAUCAAGAAAGAACCUGUACAUCAACAAGGACACGAAAGUCAUCUGCCAAGGUUUCACAGGGAAGCAGGGAACGUUUCACAGUCAGCAGUCUCUCGACUAUGGCUCCCAGUUAGUCGGAGGUGUUUCCCCUGGCAAGGGCGGUAAGACACACCUCGGCCUGCCUGUCUUCAAUUCAGUCAAGGAGGCAAAGGAGGGCACAGGGGCAGACGCCACUGUGAUUUACGUGCCCCCACCGUUCGCGGCGGCAGCCAUCAUCGAGGCUAUUGAUGCCGAGAUCCCCUUGGUGGUAUGCAUCACUGAGGGCAUCCCACAGCAGGACAUGGUGAGAGUCAAACAUAAGCUGCUGCGCCAGAGCGCCACCCGGCUCAUCGGCCCUAACUGCCCAGGAGUCAUCAACCCUGGAGAGUGCAAGAUUGGGAUCAUGCCAGGCCACAUUCACAAAAAAGGAAGAAUUGGCAUUGUGUCUAGAUCGGGUACCCUGACAUACGAAGCUGUGCACCAAACUACACAAGUUGGCCUGGGCCAGUCGCUCUGUGUUGGUAUUGGCGGGGAUCCAUUCAACGGUACAAACUUCAUAGAUUGUCUGGAGGUGUUCCUGCAGGAUCCCAAGACAGAGGGCAUCAUCCUUAUUGGAGAAAUUGGAGGCAACGCUGAGGAGAAUGCAGCUGAGUACCUUAAACAGCACAACUCUGGUGCUAAGGCAAAGCCUGUGGUGUCCUUCAUCGCGGGGCUAACUGCUCCUCCUGGCCGCAGGAUGGGCCACGCCGGCGCCAUCAUCGCUGGCGGAAAGGGCGGAGCCAAAGAAAAGAUUGCAGCCCUCCAGUCAGCUGGAGUCGUUGUCAGCAUGUCCCCUGCCCAGCUGGGCAGCACUAUUUUCAAGGAGUUUGAGAAGAGGAAGAUGUUGUAAAUUGCGCGAGAAGGCACUCGACCUUUUACCCCCCCCUCCCGCCCUGAAAUUGAGAUGAACAGCCUGAUUCUGGAGGUGGAUAUGCCUGACAGUAUCUGUACACCGUGACUAUUUCAACUACAAUGUGCACAUGCUGUGUUUAUAACGUAAUUUCUGCCAUAAACUUGUACCUUGCACAUAAUGAAAGAAUAAAACAUAGUGUCCUAAUUGUAUCUUAAAAAAUACUCAUUGUACACAAUGUAAAAGCUAUAUAGAUGUGUUACUCUCUCCACACAACGUAGACAGCCAAAAGGAAGAAGGCCACAAUAACCUUGGUUAUUCAUUUUGUUAUACUCCUGCUGUAAGACGUAUUCCAUCACUCAUCUCACUGGCUGUCCACCUGAAUAAGAAAUAUUUCUCAUAUCA